UCGCAGAACCUGCGAAAAAGGAACAAAAUUCUCAGUUUGCACCGAAAGGUUUUCUCAAUCGGACGCGAGAAACGGGGCGGUUUCGCGAAUUGUUCGAGUUCUAGUUUUCUUUUUGCGUUUUGCUGCACAAUACGGGUUGUUCUAGUGAUAACAAAAAACGCCUUUCGCGUGAUUAGACGAAGGACUGCAUUUGAGUUUUUAAACACCCAACGGGGACCGGAAGAACGGAAGCCUACCCAGCCCCCCGAGUUUGACAGACCGUUGUAAACAUUAGAUUACAUUCCGUAAUCCGUACAAUAGAGCCCCGCGAGGCAGCCCGGACCGAAACUCGUGCCCUCGCCGACGCAACAGCGAAGCGCAAAACAGCGGUCGAGGAUCGGUUUGCAGCAGAAGUUCCGUCGGUUCUCGUGGCUGGAAAGUCAAAGUUGCCCCAUCCGCGUCGCCAGAGCCGGAGCUUCCACCCUCGCGCACGUUGCAUCGUUUCAUGAAUUAAUAAAUUAUCGAGACCUGUCUCAGUGGUUUCGUGGCCCCGUCGAUCGCUCGCUUGUCCUCUCGGUCUCUCUCUCCCGCUCCCUUCUCCCUCUCGUCUCCUGCUAUCUGCCUCUCUCUCACGCGGUAUUGUCGUGGCGGAGGAGCUGAAACGAAUGCACAAGCAAAAAAGAUAAAUAAAGUGAUCUGGAAAGAGAAUCGAGCGGCGAUCUGGAAGGAAGCGCCCGUUCGCAAACGCGGGAAAAAAAGAAAAAGAAGGAGCAUGAAAAAUGAUGCAAUUAUAUAAUUAAGAAGUUUGAAAUAUUUUUGUGUGUGAUGUGAGCGGAGAGUGUAUAGUUUAUUCGUGGAUAUUAUUAUUUUUCACGGUCUCAGGUUUCGCGUGCUGUUUACUCUCGAGACAGAGUGUUCGUUUGGGGGGUUUUCCUGUACGCGGGUGUGUGUGCUUUUACCUACAUCGAAGACCGUAUCGCUGCGCGGAAGGAGUGAAAUUCUCAGCGAUUAAGAUCAAUAUCGCGCGCGCAUUCUGAAGUCCUCGAGAGCCGUAAUCCACGUGGGUCAUCGAGAUGGCGCCAGUCGAAAGCGCACUGUCAGUGCGAUUGAUGGUUUGUUUACUGACAGCCCUGAUCGCAGCGACAGCUCAUGCCAGCCUGCCGACGGAAUCGAAGCGAAAUAUCGUUCAGCAAGCGGAUAGGACAGUGCCGGCAUCGAACGGAGAACAGCCACCGACGGCAACCGAACGCGCUGCUGCGGUGAGGUCGUGUCAGGAGGCUUGCUUGGAAAAGCACUCCUCGAAGGAAGCGAGCUGUUCCGAGCGAAAAAACUGCUCAAAGUGCCAAGAGAAAUGUACUUCUUCUGACUCGGACAAUCACCGCCUGUCCUUGGUUCUGCUUCAGAUGAUCCGGAAUGAAUCAUUGGUAACGGCUGAUGUGGCCUGGGUCGCUGUGCCCAAUGAUCGCCGAAUUACGUCAGGGCUCCAGCAGCAGUGCCUGGUAACCUGGGAAGUAGCUGGCGGCGGUCUGAUGGGUAACCUGCUGACGGAGUCUUCCAGUGCGCAACUGUCACUGUGGCCCGAAACCAACUAUCGGGUGCAAGUGACCUGUCGAAACAAGCAUACCGACGCUCUAACCCGUUCGGCACCGAUAAUCCUAAACACAGCCGGUGCUACCGUGGUUGACGUGAAACAGGAGGCUUCAACUCGGUUAACGUUAAUUCCGCCACCACCGCCGCCACCGCCUCGUCCUUCUGUGAAGCAACUUUUCCUAGCCAAUGCUGCUGAUGACGACCGAGAAGCUCUGGUCGAAUUACAGGAGCUGGAUCCGGAAUCCGGUCCGUCAGCGGUGCACCCUCAGCUAGCCGUUUGGCCAAUCUCCCGCGAAAGUCAGCAGGAAAUACUACUUCUUGGGGUGUUCGUAGCCCUGCUAAUGUUCCUGCUCAUCCUACUGACGAUGGUGGUUUUCGGCAAGCGGAAGGCGACCCCUUCCGGUGCGUCCACCGACAAGCAGGUGCUGGUGGAAAACGACCGGCUGGCGGUGGAAAUUCUACACGUUUGAGGUAAAUAUCGACACGGCGCUGCCAAGUAAAACGAACAAAGUCAGUAGGUUUAAGAUGAUUUGGCGAUUGUAAUUUACAACUAUCCUAGGUUUAGGUUUAGGUUAGCUUAGGAUUGCUGCCGUUCAAUGGCGAACGAUGCAAUAUAACUGAAACUAUUCUAUGUACCAAACAACAGUAAACUACAUUUUUCAUUACGGAAGAAUGGUAGAAAAGCUCAAAAACGGGCAGCUGCCACCAUUUGAAGGGCAGCAAUCGUCACUAAGUAAUGGUAAGAAGCUCAAAUGUUCCAAUAUCCAACAACUACUAAAUAAUGAUAUUUUUUACGAUUUUUCGGUGUGAAAUAACCUAGAGAGGGUGAACCCAAUUCUCACGUGUAUAAACUCGAAGCAAUAAAACUAGUAGUCCUUCGUCCACAAAUGGAAUUACACUAUGUCACGAGUUGUAACAAAUAAAGAUACGAUCCUCAAGAUGUGAAAUAAUCGUUUUUUUUUUUUGUUCGCAAACAUUUGUUCUCAAAACAUCAUUAAACUAUAUUAUCAAUAUUUCAACUAUCAAUUGAUUGAAACCUGCUCGAAGAACUUUUUCCAAAAUAGACAUGUUAUAGAGACAUUCAAUAUGGUAUUAAAUUCAGAGCAAAUUUGAUACUUCAAUAAACAAUGACAGAUAUUUUACCUUCACACCUCUGUCAAGCCAGUAGAUCCGAGGGAAUGUGCUAUGAGUUAUAACAUCGAGUACAACAUAGAAACGUCAAAUCCAACGUUUUUGCUCUUCUUUGUUUUAUUGCUUGUUUGCUGUAUAAACGAAAAUCUUGCUGGUCCUUUUAUUUUCGAACGGAAGGCUCAUAUAUAAAGCAUGAAGAGUUUUUUUACUUUGAUUACAUCGUUUUUUUGGAUAAAAACCGAAUCCACUGUGUCUACCGCGUCUACUUAAGAAUCACAAGGGCUGAGCCCCAACCGAAAGAGUAAAACAAUUCGGCCGACAUUGACGUUCUCGUAUCAGGUUUGACGUUUUCGUAUCAGCUUUGACAUUUUUGUAUCUUCGAUGUUAUAUUCUGUCAAAUGUACAGCGAGAGAUAAGAAAAGGCAUUCCCUCGAGUAGAUCAUUGCACGAAGUGACCUAACCUCACUUUUUUUUACCAUUCAGAGUAGUUGUUUGCAAGGUUUUAGAAUAUGGAGCAAAUAAUGAAAAACUAGUAAUUAUGAACACAUUUUUAUUUUUGUAGCUCAUUUCCGAGAGAUAGGUAUUAGAAAACAAAAAUUUUCAGUUCCUUCGAGAAAAAACUCCCUGAACAUUCAGAAUCGAACUAUACAGAUCGGUGAUGCACACUGAUUGCAGGUUAUUUGGCUCAUAAAGGACUCUUGUGUUUACUCUACCGAAUGGUGAACAAACUCACAAUACCUAGCCUAAGGAGAAUCCUACAACCCGCUCAAGUAUAAGCUAGGAUCCCAGCUAGGAAAGGAAAUAGUGUUUUGCUAUCGUUGCAGGAAUUUCGACAAUUGAUUGCCACAUGUUCAAUCCGAUACACACCGUGUAAAGUGCAAGUGCAGUCCUAAUAUUCAUCAAAUCUUACACUUAAUCAAACAAGAAAAACAAGCUGCAUAGCAAGUAAGUUUGAUAGAAUCAAAGCUGCGUUGAACGACUAGUAGUAACUUUGAGUAACUCUGACUAGCCUCGAAGCUGUAUUUUGAUUUCAACUCCGCAACCGAAACUAGUUCACCAACAAUCAUCAACAAUAUUCAUAUUGCUUUGUUCUGCAAUCGCUAGAAAAAUGACAAAAAACUGUUCGAACAGCGGAGUAAAUUUCCUCGAACUGCAAAAAUCUACACCCUUUGUGAAAAAAAACCUGCGCAAAUACGAGCAGAUUCGGCUCCAGGGCUUCACAUUUUCGAAACAAAAAAAGGAACUCAACUUUCGCGCAGUCACAUUGAUUCGAGCAGUUUCCACUUUAUUGUAUUUCUUCUGGUUACCGUCAUCAAAUUACAGUGAACAUUUUCGCUGUCAAAUGUUUUUGGUUACAGAUGAAACUGACUCUAUUGAUGGAACGACUGACGCAAAGUACGACUCUUUUCUUUUCAUCAGCAUGGCACACGCGUAAAUAGUGUGAAAGGCCAUGUCUUCGUCAUCGCCCCAAAAAUAUUUUCAACUGCAAAUCGUCAAACGACACUGACGCUGACGUUCACCUUCGUUUUCAAUUGAACACUCAAAAUAUUUUUCACGUUAUUGUUACGUGAAAUUUUCUGUACUUAUUCAUUUUCUGUCAUUCUGCAUGAUUUAUGUGACGAACAUAACAUCUACGUAAAAAUCACGUAUACAAACUAUGUUUUUUCACAUAGCAUCUACGUCUACUUGGCAACGUCAAACAGAAUGAAGUAUCGCGUGAACUCUCCGUGCGAAAAUACAACGAAAUCAAAAUGGUGAAGCUGUUGUCUGAUUCAGUCUUUGAACAUAAAAAGGAAUUCCUCAAUGACUUCCCAAUAAGUGAGCUUUAGAAAAACCAUAAGAAUCCGGCAUCGAGAUUUCACACAGAUUCAGUUCCAAUUGCGAGGAAUUUCCUGAACAUAAACAAUUGCAGCUAACAGUGGUUAUUGCUGGCGAAUGUCGCAAUAUCAUUUUGUCAUUUUGUAUGUCGUUUAUAUCCUUUACGAAUUGGCGAUUUUGCAUGCCCGUGUGACUUAUCAAGCAACAUAUUUGGAUUAUUUCAGAAAACUAUUCCCAGUCUCUUAAGAGUUUGGGAAACCACAAUUGAAAAUUAUACGUUGUAUAAAACGUAGACCCUAUCAGACAAUCAAAUGCUUUUCUCUUUACCGGUAGUUGAAUUCUACGGGAAACUCACAUGAAAUGCAUAUGUCUACUGAAUAAGAUUCACAGGAUAAAUCAUUUCACCAGUUCAUGAUGAACUCAAAUGACAAUCACGUAAAAUCUACAUGAAAAUGACAGUGGAAAAUAUUCACAUAACUAUUCCGGUAUUUAUAACGUGAAAAAUAUUUUGAGUGAACAAUUGUUUCCUUUUCGAGCACUUCAGCUAUUAAACUCAACGCAAAAGCACUCGAGUAGUUUUUAUGUACUCACAAAAUCCUCGAAAACUAUUGAUUUUCAAUUCAAUUCAAUUCAACUAUCUCGAUUUUCACUUUAAAAUAUCUCUUUUAGGCCAUUUAAUUUAUUUAUUUGGCAUUCCGUCAUAAUAAGGCCUGAUUCACAAAGUUUCUCCAAUUCUCUCGGUUAUCAGCUGCCGCUCUCCAAUCCGUGGGACACCGUGUACUCUCUGCCAGAUCUAGCUCCACCUGGUCUACCCAUCUCGCCCGCUGCGCCCCUGGUCGUCUACUUCCAACCGGAUUCGAGGCAAACACCAUCUUCGCAGGAUAGUUGUCCGACAUUCCUGCAACAUGCCCUGUUCAGCAUAUCCGUCCAGCUUUAGUCACCUUGUAAAUACUGGGUUCACCGUAGAGUUACGCGAGCGCAUGGUUCAUUCUUUGCCUCCAAAUUCCGAAUUUGUUCGAAAACUCAGCGUUGUCCCCGUUUCGUGCCCGUAGAGAACAACCGGUCUUAUGAGCGUUUUGUACAGGGGGCUUAGUCUGUUCGACCGCAAUUGCUUGUGGAGCUCAUAGUAGGCAUGACUUCCGCUGAUUAUACGCCUCCGGAUCUCACGGCUGGUAUCAUUGUCCUCGGUUACCAGUAAGCCAAGAUAGACAAACUCGUCGACUACCUUGAACUUAUCGCCGUCGAUCGUAAUGCUACUGCCUAGGCGUUGUCCGUCGGCUUCGGUUCUGCCGGCUAGCAUAUACUUCGUUUUAGACGUAAUCAUCCGCAACCCAGUCCUCGCUGCUUCCCGUUUUAGUCUGGUGUACGACAAUGUCCAUGUCAUCAGCAAAGCAAACGAAUUGACUGGAUUUGUUGGAAAUCGCAUCCCGCGUGUUGAUGUCCGCUGGAUUCAUUACACCCUGUAGCGAAAUAUUGAAUAGCAAGCAGGAGAGACCAUCACCCUGUCGAAGCUCCCUGCGGAAUUCAAAUUGACCCGACAAUCCACCCAAAAUCCGCACACAGCACUGCGUCCCAUCCACCGUAACCUUGAUCAGUCUAAUCAGCUUCCCCGGAAAGCCGGUUUCGUCCAUGACCUUCCGUAGCUCUUUUCGGUUGAUAGUAUCGCACGCGAUUUUGAAGUCGAUGAAUAGGUGGUGCGUGGGGGUUCUGUAUUCACGGCAUUUCUGGAGAAUUUGCCGUAUGGUGAAGAUUUGGUCCGUUGCAGACCGUCCUUCCACGAAGUCCUUUCCACCAAUCUGUUGGCUAGCGGUAAGGGUCGGCGGAAAAUGAUUUGGGAAAGCACUUUAUAGGCGGCAUUCAGGACGGUGAUCGCACGUUAGUUCCAACAGUCCAAUUUGUCGCCUUUAUUAUAGAUGGGACAAAGAACCCUAUCCUGCCACUCCUCCGGUAGCUGUUCUGUACCCCGAGGCCACCCUUACAAGCUGAUUUAUUGUUUUUCAGCUGCUUGAUGGUAACCUUAACUUCGCCUAUCGUUGGGACUGGCACGUCUUCUACAUUUGUCGCACCAGCGGAAUCGCUUUCUCCGCCACCAUGGUCUCCUGCCUGGGCGCCAUUCAGGUGUUCGUCGAAAUGCUGCUUCCACCUUUCGGUCACCUUACGAUCGUCCGUCAGAACACUACCAUCUUUAUCCCGGCACCUUCCGGCUCGCGGCACAAAACCUCUGCGGGAUGCGUUGAGCUUUUGGUAAAACUUUCGCGUUUCCUGAAAAUGAUGCAGCUGUUCCAGCACUGCAAACUCCUUCUGCUCCAGACGGCGUUCAUUCUCCAGGAAGGUUUGGGUACGCUGCAUCUUCUUCUGUCUAUGUCUUUUCACGUUCUGACGAGUGGCACUGCGCAUCUUAGCCGCCCGCGCAGCGUUCUCCACAUCCAUUACCCUCCUACAUUCGUCGUUAAAUAACUCGUUUCGUUGGGUUCGUCCCACAUGCCCGAUGACGUUCUCCGCUACGCUUUUGAAGGCUGUUCAGAUGGUGUUCCAGCAGUCCUUUAUAGGAGCUUCCUCCAACUGGUCCUCUUCCGGCAGCGUAGUUUUCGGCGACGUUAAGCUGCUUCAGUCGCGCGAGAUCUAACGAAGGCGGGCGUCGGUACCGAAUGUUGUUAACAACGAAGAAUUUUGAGCGCAUCUCAACCAUCAUCAUGUAGUGGUCCGAGUCGACGUUAGCGCUCCUAUAGGAUCUGACGUCAAUGAUGUCUGAGAAGUGCCGACAAUCAAUUAGAACUUGGUAAAUUUGUGUUUUCAUCUGAUUUGGUGACCUCCAGGUGUACUUGUGUAGGAGGUUCUGCUGAAAGCACGGCCAUGUUCUUGGAGGCAACAAAGUCGAUGAGUCUUAGGCCAAUUUCGUUGGUCAGCUGAUGCGCGCUGAACCCUCCAAUCACCGGUUUAUAUUCCUCCUCCUAGCCGACCUGAGCUUUAAGGUCCCCGAUGGCGAUUUUGAUAUCAUGUUUUGGGCUGAUGUCGUACUCACGCUCCAACUGCGCGUAAAAUUCAUUCUUGUCUUCCGUAGCGAGGUGAGGGCUGUGCAUGUUUAUGAUGCUUAUGUUGAAGAACCACACCUUAAUUCUCAACCUGCACAUUCGAGGGCUGAUUGGCUACCACCCAAUCACCCGUUUCCGCAUCUCGCCCAUCACUAUAAAAGCUGUUCCCAGCUUAUGCGUUUUGCCGCAGCUCUGGUAGAUGGCAUGGCCAUCCCGGAACGUACGUGCCAAUGAGCCCUUCCAGCACACCUCCUACAGCGCUACGACGUCGAACCUGCGGGAUUUAAAUACUUCAGAGAGCACACGAGUGCUCCCUUGAAAAUUGAGAGACCAGCAGUACCACGUCCUGAGUUUCCAAUCGUUAGUCCAUUUUCGUCGCAUGGGUCUGUGACGAUUGUCCGUCCAGUCCGAAUUUCCUUGUUCCUCGUUCAUUACUUGUGAGUGUUUUACGGUGGCAGCUUGUAAGGCCUGCGCACCAAUCUCCUGUCUCGCCGGAGAACCAUCGUGCGCAACACUGUUUAGAGUCCCACGUUGGCACGAGGACGGUAAUCGGCCGACCCUAACCUGGAGUACAGACGCCGUUUUGAGCCGCUCCUAACAUGUUCGUAUCCCAGCUGGCACCGCGUGGAGGACAGGAUAGGAGUGGCUGUAUGAGAGGCUAAGGGUCAUGUGUGGGGUCUACUUUAUUCCAGUAGGCGCACUUGGUAAUGCAUAUGCUUGUCAUUCUCCUCAGUAUGUGGGAAGAGCGGAGAAAAAAUUCACCGCGCACUUCCCUUUUAGUAUGUGCCUGCGUGUAGCAAAUGCUUUCAUCACACUGCUUCUUUCACUCCAAAGUGUCUCAAAAAUUUAACAGAGAGACAAACACAAUUCCAGCUCAUCCCAGAUCUGAUAGAAACAAGAAGGGUGAAUCACUCUACAGCGAAAACGCAGAAGUACACCACAGAGUCCACUGGCGAGUAGUCUGGAAAGUAAAAAAAACCUACCGGGCAAAAGUGUAGUCCUCGUGUAGCUACACCGCGAAAACGAAUUCGACCAGAGUAUACUCGACCGGCACGAGCCAUUUUUUUUUCUCCCAAUCUCUUUUCCUCUUCUGCCACACUCAACAAACUGGAAAGCGCACCGCAGAUAGCUCUGCUGUGUAAUUAUUGUGCGUGAUGUCCAUACGUGUGAGAAAGUACACCAUAGUUCAUUGUCUCGCAAGAGUGGGAAUUCAGAUUUCACCGCGGUGCUUUCAGUUAGCUCACUAGAUUAAAAUCGUCUGUCGUUCUCUUUUGGCAUGUACGUUGUUUGCUUUUUAGUGUGAGAGCAGUUGUUUUCACAGUGCAAGAUGUUCUCCUGCACUCUAGAGGUUUUCUGAGGAGAAAAGACAAGCAUGAUGCGUACCAUCAUUAUUCAGCCAUUCAGCCAGCCAAUACUUGCUAAUGUUGUUGUCAAAAUAGAGCAAAGCUUCAUCGCAGGGAAAAGGCCGAAGCCCUCAACCCGCAAAUCAAAACGUUUCCUACUACCAACUGGCAGAUGGUUUAUUCAUGCCGAAAGCAAAUUUGGCAUGAAGCGGUUGAAAAAAAACUCUAAUAACCAUUUAAAAAGGUACAAAUUUCGUCAUGUUUCGUUGAAAGAUUUUAUUUAACACCCCUAUAUAGAAGGCUAAAGAAAAACGUAGUUAUACGUCAAAAGUACCUCGCUGGCUUCGUUCCACUCCAUCGCCGGUUUCGCGUAAUGACACGAUGUCAGAUCCGGCCAAAACAAAGUGUUACCUCUGUGGAACUGGAAAAAGGGCAGCAAGCGCUUCUGGAGGCAUUCUUCUUUUCAAGUUUAGCCGUUGGUUUGUGCCGGUCGUUAUGUUAGUCUUUUUCUUUCGAAAAUUCUCUGGAAUAUCUAGGCAGCACUUGCCAACGAAAACCUUCAGGCCGGGGAUUUGCUCGACGUUCACUUUAAUGAACGCCUCUUAAUUCAUUACUCUGCAUUUCGACCGCACCAACCACUCACAGAACAUUUUCUUGGCGCAGGAGCUUCCGCUUUAUUUCCGGGUGGAAAAAUUACCCUUCUUGGUAACGUUCCCAGCCGAAAGGUUUGAAUUGCGCUAAUACCUCACCUUCCUUGCCUUCAAGAGGUCGGUCGUCUUCGCUUUUCGUCCGCUGCCAGCUCUCCGCUGCAUCGUCUAGGUCGAAUGGACGAAUUCCAACUGUUUCGCAAUCCACCUGUGGGACUAGCCUUGAUUUUCGACGACCGCAUCCACAGGUUUUCGUCAAAACACUUCUUGCUAGUGACGAAAACUUGCACAUGCCAUCUUGACAGAUAGUGACGAAUAUAUGUAAACAUUACACUCUAAGCCAGGUUGAGCCGAAUUUUCUCAAAUUUUACCCAUGCAAAAAAAAGUUGUACACAAAAGAAGUGUAUUCGAAUUCGAUGCGUACCUUAAUUGGAAAAAAUGUUGUUCGGACUUUGUUUCACUUUUCAUUUCAGGAUAAAAUAUUGAUCAAUAUUGAUUUUGAAGUCCGAAAACUAACAAUGUCUAUAUCGCUGCAGAAUGCAAAUAUCCAGAAGUAAAAUGAAAAUCAGUUUUACGCGGUGCAAAUCGGAUUGAAAAGGUGGCAAACAAAUGAUUGUUAGAUAAUGAUAUGAUUCAAUCUCUCCCUAACUAUCUUUCAAAGUUUAUUCAUGCGCGGAUUGAAUGAUUGUUUUACGGAUUGAGUAUUUCAAUUGUAAUAUUUGAUUCCAGCUGAAAAUCGAAAAAAAACGACUCGCGAAUAUCGGUUUUUACCUUAUUUUCGAUAGGCAUACGGUGUACGACAGUACUCUCAAAAUAUUUUUCACAUUAGGGCAUCCUUAACGGUGCGCUUCUAUACCCCGUUUGGCAGCGCUCUAUCAUCACUUCACACCGUACCGGUCGCUACUAAACGCGCUAGAGAAAUAGUAGCCGAGCUUCCGGGAAGCAUCGCGCUCUCAAAUUUAGCAGCCCGAUAACAGCGCUGGUAAAGGUUUAUGCUGGAUGAAACGUCAAACUGAAACGAUAGCAACGACCGGUGUGAAAACGGGUGAGUGAGCAAAAUAGCCGCGCUGUACACAGCCGCCAUAACAACUUAAAUGGUACCGCACUGUUAAGGAUGCCCUUAAUGUUACGUGAAAUUUCCUGUACUUAUUCAUUUUCUGUCAUUUUGCGUGAUUUAUAUGAUAAACAUAACAUCUACGUGAAAAAAAAAUUCAUACUAUGUUUUAUCAUGCAGCAUCUAUGUGAACUUGGCGACGUCAAACAGAAUGUUAUUGAAAAAGUAUCGCGUGAACUCUCGAUGUGAAAAUAUAUAGAAAUCAAAAUGGCGAAGCUGUUAUCUGAUUCAGUCUUUGAAAAUGAAAUUGUAUUUUUUUGGACGGCUUGCCAAUAAGUGAGGUUUUGAAAAACCUUACGAACUUUACAUCGAGUCUUGAGCUCACAGGUUUCACACAGAUACAGUUCAAAGAACGAGGAGUUUUUUGUACAUGACCAGUUGCAGCUUACAGUAGUUAUCGCCAGCACAUGUCGUAAUAUUCGUCAGUUCUUAUGUCGUUUAUUUAAUUUACGAAUUGGCGAUUUUGCAUGGCCGUGCGAUUUUCCAAGCAACAUAUUCCGAUAAUUUCUAAAAACUCUCCCGUCUCUUAAGAAUCGGGGAGACGUAUAAAACGUGAUAGCUGUCAGAUAAUCGAAUGCUUUCCACUUUAACGGAAGUUGAAUUCUACGCUAAAUUCACAUCAAAUGCAUAUGUCUACUGCAUAAGAUUUACAGGAUGAAUCAUCUUACCAGAUCAUGAAGAACUCGAAUUUCAAUCACGUAAAAUCUACGUGAAAAUGACAGUGGAAAAUAUUCACAUAACUUUUCCGAUAAUUAUAACGUGAAAAACAUUUUAAGUGUAUGUAGUUCGCUGUACCGUACGUCACAUGAAGUUUGCUGUACAGCACACUCGUUGCACUCAAUGCCACAUUAUGCCCAACGAAAGGUAAUAGUAACAGUAAAAAGGGUUAUAUAUUUUUAAAAUAAAAGAAAGAUUUAACCAUUAGACUUGUUACCCGUUGCGAAAUGCGUUGAUAUUCGUUCAUCAUCGACGUUUCGGCUCUUUUAUGGGAUCAUCCUUAGGGUUUAUAAUACAUUAAACAUUUUACGUUAAUAUUGGACUUAUAUUAGGUCAAAACUACACCAUGCAACAUUGAAAAAACUACUCACUCGAAACCGCAAUCAACAAAUUGAAAACAUUUUGACAAGCAUAAAACAGUCGGGUCGUGAAGGGUUCUAUACCGUACAUCAAGGGUGCAAAAAAUAGAUCACUCCGUCCCGUUGGUUUUGCUCUAGUUGUUUUUGUUUUCAACACUACUAAGCAAUACACUUCACCUCCAUCAGAAAAGGAAAUUAUUGAAGUGACUCUAAAGUUAUUCUAAACGACAUUGAAAUGGCUCAACCAAGUUCUUGCUCUUUUUUUUUUUCAUAAAAAUGCAACUUUAUUUUGAACAAAAAAUUACCUUUAAAUCAUUCAAAGUAUUGAUGAACGCUAGCUCAAACUUUGUCUUUGAGCUCUAGCACCGUUACAAUAAAAGUGUUCUACUUUUGAGGAUAAGGCCGAGCGUUGUCAUGCAGUAGAAUCACUUUUACUAUGCUUUAGCUCGUAUUGUGGUCGUUUUUAAUGCAGUGUUCGGCUGAAGAUUUCGUUCGGUUCCAACAGCCUUUACUAAAAAAACACCGACCUGGUCCCACCAAAUACACAGAAUAACCCUCGAAGCGUGUAUAAACAGCAAAGCUGACGACGUAGAAGCAUGCCCGGGUAAUCCCUUCGCUGUUGCUGUUGCCGUUUUUCUUUGGGUUGCUGUAAUGAAUCUAUUUUUCACUAUCCGUCACCAUGUGAUGAGAAAACCAUUAUUUUUUGCCACUGAACGCUCAACGUAGCUUUACAUUAUAAAGAACCAUCAUUCACAAAGCAUGUAAACGCUUGGAAAUGGUGUAGCGAAAAACUCCCAAUACCGAAGUAAGCUGUUCCUGCGAUCAGCAUGGAUCCUAUAAUUCAAUGUCUUCGAAGGUUUUGGGCUUCCUUCACGUCAACAGCCGUCAACAACAAAAUUACCGUCUUUAAAACGACGGAACCAAUCACGACACGCUGUUUCUCCUAGAGUAGCAUUUCCGUAAUUUUUUUUAACUCUCGAUGUGCUACAGCGGCCGUUUCCUUUGAAUGAAGUGAGAAAAGUAACACUUCUUGCAAAUGACGAUUAUUUGGCACAAAAUCAGCUCAAGUUGAAUUGAAAUUCUGAAAAAAUUACCGGAGGGUAUACAAAAUUAGUACUACCUGCACGAUGUCUCUGGUGAAUGAACAUAUGUAAAAAACAAGGUGUCUGCUUUAAUACGCUACCAAAAUUGAAUUCUUGUAUCUGUGGAUCUGAAACAUUUUUUUUCGAACAUUUAUUUGUAAUUGAAAAUCUUUUUGGACUAUAAAGAGUUACCAGCGUACCCCGAUCGUUCAGAGUUUGUCUUUUCAUACAAAGGAAUAAUGUUUUGCAUAAUUUCAGAUUUUUUUAAAAAGAGUUAAGUGGGGUAGAAAAGAUCCUCAAUCAUUAGGAGUCCAAAAUCUGCUGAAAAGACAAAAAAAAAUUAUAACUUCUAGUACACUAAAUAGAUUUCUCUGAAAUUUGAUAUAAUAGUUCUAUCCUAUACAGAGAAAAAAAAAGAUGAGUAGAAUAUAUAUUUUAUAUCGUUUGGGUAAAACAUGGUAACUUUUGGCUAUGUUUUUAAAAUAUCUAUAUUUCAAAUAUAAACAUUAAGAUAAAUCUUUUACUAAUCUUAUAAAAAUACUGAAGCUCGAAGAUGGGAUUGUUUGAAUGAAUUUACAAUUUAUUCUCUUCAAUGAAUUGUUGCCGAAGUUUUUCAGUAAGUGAGUUUUAUUCUGGCACCAAUAUUUUAUCAUGAUUAAAUCAAAAAUUGGUUCACUGAAAUCGUUGAUAAUAUAGUAAAAUAUUGUUUUUGAACAUUCGAACUCAACGGGUAAGUUUAUGAAGAAACUAAAUACAAAUCGGGGAGGAUCAAAAGCUUUGUGACGUAGUAUAGUUCUUCCCGUCGUUUUUGAAUUCGAGUAGUGCAGUGUUACAUUCGUAUUACUACUUUUUUAGAUAAAUACGCACAUCUUCAAACGAUAUCCUGUACAUAUUUCCUAGAUACAACUAGUUACUCUCGAAUAAGCAUUGCUCAAAUCAUAUUAUAUAGCAGCAUAUAAAACAUAUUAACUAGCUUUUUUAUUCCGUGCGUUACAAAAAGAAAAUAUAUGUUUAAAAAAGAAGAUGCAAAUAUUAACGAAAGGAUAAUACAGAAUGAGAAGAUAGGACAGUUAACAGUGAAAGUCAGAUGACGGAAAGGUAAUCGACUGUUGGCGACAAACUUUAGGCAAAUACCUUUCCGAUCAACUGAUUGAACAGCAGAAAAGUACAAAUAAACCAAGCAUACAAAGCCACGUCAAAAAAUGCAGACUCCCAGAGAUGAUAUAAUUGCACGCCUCGAUUCAAUGAAUGUGUUCCGCAGUAACGAAAUACUUUAACCGAUUGAAGAUUAGGAAAUACAAGAAAACACGGAGAUAAGCAGAAUCAAAUCAUAGGAUAAACUAUUUACUUCUCAUCCGCGCCGGAGUAGAAACAAUCAUGAUCGAAAAGUGUAAAUUCGGAUAAUUGUGUGGAUAAGCAAAGCUUCCCGUUCUCAUCGCUUCCCUAGCGAUGUCUUGAAUUUCGCUCUUCGCUUCCCUGCUAUCUUCGUCUUCAAUUAGGGUGAAAUCACCAAAUUAUGAUAAAAUUAUUCUCCUAUAAUAGACCAUAAGCGCAGAUCGGAAGAGACUCGUCGCUCCGUUCCCCCCGGCAUCUCGUGUCCCGCAACAAGGCUCGCAAGCACGCUGUGUGCAGAAUAUUUUUAGACCCCAAACGAAGUGCCCGAAAUAAGACGCACUGCCCGCACACAAACACACACUCUUAGCAGUGUCGAAUCAUUUUGGAUAUAAUUUAUGAGUUGAAUUAACCUGUUGAACUCCGCAUUCGCUACCGAAUAAUACCAAGUAUCGCGUUUUUUUUGCAUUGGGUAAACCUCAAACCAAACAUGAGCAGUUGUUUCCAAACGUGCUACCGCCGAGAGUGAGACGCAACUAUCGCAAUCAGUUCAGUUCAUUCGACCGCCCGUCCGUCCGCUCGACACUGUCCGAAGAACCGAAGACAAAACCGAAAGAAACAACGAUCAAAUCAGAUAAUAAUUGAAUAAAAUUGUAAUAAAUUAUGUAAAUUAUCGAAUCUUGAUUAGUUUUGCCCCUGCGCCUGCCAACCGUCCGGCAGCCUUAACAUUCGAGCUGUUUUUUUUUUCAUUCUUUCCUCAUUUUGUUUUGUUUAUUAUUUUUCAUUUUUCGUGAGGAACGAACGGGCAGGGCGCCCAACCACUGUGACCUUGAACGUCGAUCGCUGCCGGCUGAUGCGCGUUGAGUACCGCCGGACGGAAUUUCGGGUUCAUAAAUCAGAGACCCCAGACAGGCUUAAUUGCCGGCUGACUUUCCGAACUGGUUCGAUUUGAACCGGAGGAUUUUUGCCGGUUUUUCUUGGCUUGGACGUCAACCCGAGCCUCUAAAUGGAAUCCUUGAUUGAAUUUGACAAGAGAGCUGCGGUUUUAUUUUUAUAUUCCACUCUGCGCGAGUAUAAUUAAACUCGACUGGGAUGCGAACAGAACGUUCGCCGUCUCCGGGGGGACUUGUUUCGUCGUCGCUAUCAACCGGAAAGGAUUGUGGAUAGAGGCAUGCUUGCUUCAACAGCUUGCAGUUGCAGUUUUUCGAGAUGAUAUCCCCAUGGGAAAGUAAAAACGAUCUCCAAGGGUUGAGUUUGCAAGCAGUCGCGGCGCACGAUAUUUGUCUGAUGCCAAUGUCAAUUACUGCGGUGAUCAGACAGUUAACAUUUCAACGUAAGUUAACUUAACAUCACAUUGAAGGAUAAUUACAGGAUAGUUUCACCGGUUCUUUAUUACACUAGUAAUUAUUCAUACACAUGUAUGUAAUAUGAUUUGAUUUUUCUUGAAGCUAACGUAAUCCAAUAUUUUUCACAGUUUCCGUUUAAAUUUUUUACUGAAUUUCAGCAGCUCUCUGUGCACUUUUGAUGACGUCAUUUAUGAAUGUACCCUAAUGAAAUCUUUUGUUUUUUGGAUAGAUGAUAUUUCGAAGAAUACACCGUGUUUAAUAAAUUCUUGGUUUGUUAUCUUUUCGAAAUACGAGCGCUUUUCGAAGCAAAAUAUGAAUUUCAUUGGUAUUUCAUCCCAGGUUUUUCGCUUUGAACUGUUGCAAAUUGGAGAUCUCGUAAUCAGCAAUCAUUGACAUCAUGUAAAAUCAAACAAAGGAGUCAAUUGGCUCCAGAUCUGGGGAGCUUGGCGGCCAUUCAUUUUCAAUCAGAAAAUCCGUCAAAUUGUUCUUACACCAGCCUUGAAUUAAGUUGCGCUGGUGCACCGUCUUGCUGGAACACAUAAUAGUCAUUUCUAAAGAGUUUUCGAAGACUCAAAGCAACAAUUCUUUCCAAAACUUCCGUUAUAUAAUAAACAACAUUGACUUUGACGCAUUCGUCGAUGAAAUCCACUGAAAGCUUACCGCGCUUGCAAACUAUGGAAUCCAGGAACAUUCCUUUGGGAGUACUAAAUAUUGCCUCUUACUGCUGCUCACAAUUAUUUGUGCACUGUGUGGUCGCGCCAGGACACAUAAUUCCUCAUCACAAAACAUUAACUCGUGACCAGCGUACCAAGAAAUUAUCAUAUUAACUCUAUCGAGUCUCUUUUCUGAGAAUUUUACACGUUUUCAGCCGAAUACGCUCCCUAACAACUUUAUACCCGCUUCACACUACUUCGAAUAUCGCCUGAUAUCAGGCAAUUCGUGCUAUGGAGGCCAUAUCACCUGAUAUCUUAUACUAUCGAGCUGGCAGCGGAUAUCGAAAACCAAUAAAAACCAGAUUUGCAGCAGUUGGCAACAAGGCCAGAAGACAUUUGACGCAACCCUACAAAAUUCGCGUUUCAUGCGAAAAAACCUAAAUUAAUCCACCUAGCGGUCAGACUCAGCCUUUCUCAUUCAAACUUAUCAUUUGUAAAAAUAGAUACACAUGAAUGCUUAAAUCCAAAAAGGUAUAUUCACUCUUUGGGUUCUAAAAUAUUGAUGUUGUAAUUAAAGUAUAAAAUAUGAAAUUUGACGUAAUGUUAGUGCUUAAGAAAUAGCGAAAUAUAAGAAAUGACGCUUAAUUUUGAUCAAUUUAAUCACGAGCGAUACCGGGAACGUUCAAAUAGUACGAUACCCAGUGGUGGGCACCGCUAACCGAAAAUUUAGCGACGCUAAUCGCUAAGUCGCUAACCGGAAAAUUUAGCUCGAUAAUCGCUAAAUGCUAGACGCUAGACCCACAUUAGCGGAACUUUCGCUAAUCGCUAACUUUUUAAUAUGUAAAUAGUCAUAUCGCUAUAUUUAUUGCUCAUGUUUUGUAAGAUUUGGACCACUUUGAUCUGUUUUGGUUAAACAAAUGAAAACAAUUACUUUUUAAAGCUGUUCACGAAAGUAAGAGGUUCACGAAACGGUAUGCAUAUUUGCUUUUGUAAACACAAGAAUAACAAAAGUUAUUUAGCUUGCAUUGAAAAUAGAUACUCUUAGGAAUGUUUUCAUGAAAAUUCAAUUAUUAUCUGAAUCGAAAAAAUAUAACCAAAGUUCUCAUAAUUUCAAGCGCAUUGCAAUUCAUCAAAGUUCCUGGUGUGCCAAAAAUUCAAUUUAGACCUUGUGCUUGUUCUUCAAAAUGCUCCUGUGGCUUGUACGAUAACUGGAACUCCAUUCUAGGGUAAAAAAACUGACAAAAGUAACUUUCGCAGUAAAGUAUGUUCAUCUUUCGAAGCAAUUUUCGUACGUCAUCAGCAAUUCGCAGUUUUUCUAAAUAUUUCUAUUGUCGCUUCUCCACAAAAUUUAGCGAAUUAGCGAUUAGCGUUUCGAAAGCCAAAAUUUUAGCGACGCUAACAGUUUCGCUAACCAGCUUAAAAAUUAGCGAAAUCGCUAAAUCGCUAACUGAGUUUUAGCGUCGUUAAUUAGCGAAUUAGCGGAAUGGUGCCCACCACUGACGAUACCACAUUUAAAUCAUGUUGAGGCCAUUUAUAUUGAUCAAAGCAGCUAUAGUGUUGAAUAGUCUUUGAAUUUCUUUUCUUCAAAAAACUUUUGAACGGUAUAUCAAAAAUUUUUGAAGUUUGUUAUUUGUAAGUUUGAGAGAUGACUCGUUUGUAUGACACUAGUUAUGUUCAAAUAAGUCGUGUAAUACUUGAGAUAAUAGACUUUCGUUGUUUUACAAAUUAAAACAUAACGGUUGCUUAAGUUUGAUUACAAUCAAAUGAAAAGGGAACGUAUGGGGGAGCCAAACUUUGAAACCACGUGUUCAAUCAUAAUUCAUCAGUUAACCCUUAACUAGCCCGUUCAUUUGAUAUCAAUAUUGUUCAAAUCUGUUGUGUAGUUUCUAAGAUAAUGAAGCUUAGUGAUUUUCACAUUUCGAUACAUUACAGACGAAGUUACAUUCCGAUUACAGCAAAAUUCAAUAGGGUGUUCUGAGGCUGCUAGACCUUUCAUUUGAUACUAAUUCUGUGGAAAUCGGGUCAACCAUCUCUGAGAAAAGUGAGUGAGCCCAAGUAGUCAUCAGAAUAUGUUUCUUUUCAUAGCUGAAUUUCACAUUUUGAAACAUAACAGGAAAAGUAAAAAUCCGUUCGCAAAAAAAAUCAUUAGGGUCUUAUGGGUAACAAGACUUUCCAUAUGACAAUGAUUUUAUGAAAAUCGGUCCAGCCAUCUCUGAGAAAAUCGAGUGAGAUUGGGAGAGCGUUACACACACACACACAUGCAGAAAAUGCUCAGCUCGUCGAACUGAGUCGAGUGGUAUACGACAUUCGGGCCUUUUGAGCACUUUUAUAUCUUUAAUUUUUGCAGUGAUUGCUAUACUUUGCUAUACUUUUAGGAGAAAGGCAAAAAGUGAAAUGAUAGAAAUGACUUUUAAUUUCAACUUCAAUCCCGAGCAAGGCCGCAAACAUUGAAAUAGUACAAUAUUAAAUUUAAAUGAUGUUGAGGCCACAUAUUUUGAUCGUAGCUAUAGUUUUAAACAGUCUGCGGGUUUCGUUUCUUUCUAUAACUUUCAAGCCACAUGUUUAAACAUUAUGAAAUUCAUUGUUUAAGGGCAGUGAUGGCAUGAACUCGUGCAAAGUUGAACUGAGUAACACUUUUCCAGAUUUGAAUCCAACUUGAAUCUGCUUCCUCUUUAUAGUUUGAGUUUUUUUGCACCGUACACUCUGAUCGAUUGAGUUUAAAUGCGUGCAAUGCAUGCAGUGCACGAUGUAUCCAGCGAUGCAGGCGAUGAUGUAACGCGAUGAGUUUUGUUUUUAGAGCGAAUUUAUGCUUUCAAAGGACAAUGCAAUAAACUGUUGCAGCAGCCGCGGCGCGAAUUUCAUCGCAUUUCGAUUUUUAUGCAAUUGUUUUGCAGGAUUAAAACUCAAAUCCAACUCAAGUGUAAUGCACUGUUAGUAGGGUUUACGUGCAAACCGAAAAUAAAUGUGCAAGCAAGUUUUAAAACUCACUUGGAUACGAGGGCAAAGUCACACUGCCUACUCUGUUUAAGGGUUUGAAUGCACAUUUAUUUGAAUUCAACUAUGUUCAUAGCUUCUAAGAUAUAAGAGCGUUUUUCACAUUCUGACGCAGCGCCAAAACUAAAAGUUUGAUUACAAUGAAAUUCAAUAGCAACCUAAGCGGCAAAUAGACCCUUCAUUUGACACCAAGAUAGAAAGAAUCGGUCAGACCAUCUCUGAGAAAAGUGAGUGCGAAACAAAAGGUGCACAUACACACGUAUACACCCACACACAAACAUAUACACCUAUACAUGCUUAUAUGCAGAAAAUGCUCGAUUCGUCGAACUGAGUUGAGUAGUAUAUGACAUUCGGCCAUUUCAAUCAUUUUUCUACCUUUUAAUUAGCCAGUGAUCGUUAGGAGAAAGUCAAUAUGUUUACUUUCGUUUUGUGAUUUCACAGUUUUAUGAACAACGGACACAGUUACAAUCCGAUUGCAAUGAAAUUCAAUAGCAACCUAUGGGGCAACUAGACCUUUCAUUUGACACUAAUUUUGUGAAAAUCGGUUCAGCCAUCACUGAGAAAAAAAGAGUGAGUUUAAACAACCUCAGGAUAACUUUUCUUUACAUAACUUUUGAACCAUAUUUUCAAUCAUAACGAAAUUCAAAAGUUAAGGGUUCUGGGAACAGCCCAAUCAUUUGAAACCAGUUUUAUUGAAAUCAGUUGUGUGGUUUCUGAGAUAUUGAUGUUUCGGGAUUUUUACAUUUUGAUACAUAACCUCUAAACUAAAAAUCCGAUUACAAUGAAAUUCAAUAGCAACCUAUGGCGCAACUAGACCUUUCAUUUGCAAUUAAUUUUAUGAAAAUCGGUCCAGCCAUCUCUGAGAAAAGUGAGUGAGAAAAAAAAGUUGCACAUACACACACACACAUACACACAUACAUACAUACAUACAGAAAAUGCUCAGUUCCUCGAAAUAAGUCGAGUGGAAUAUGACAUUCGGCCAUUGGGACCACUUUUAUACCUUCGGUUUUUCCAGUGAUUGCUAUACCUUUCUAGGAGAAAGGCAAAAAGGAAAAAAAUAUUUUUGCUUUUGUCAUCCCGCACAUUUUGACAAUUGGUUUGUUUUGCUGUAUCAGUUUUUUAUGUCAUCUAAAAGAGCUGCAUUUUCUAAUCAAAGCGUGAUUUUCAAAAAUUUUCUAUCGUUGUCCUUCAAUUUUCAAAUUACGAAUUAAAACAGCUCGAAUUCUGCUCGAAAUCGCUAAAAUGACAGUUCGCCCAUAUACCAACUGUCAUUUUUAAUUUUUCAUUUAAAAAUCGAAGGACAAUGAUAUCAAAUUUUAAAAAACCACGUUUUGCUCGAAAAAAUACACUCUUUUACCUAAUAUAUAAGAAUCAGAAAUCCGAGAGUAGCUAAACAACCCAAUUGCAUAAGAGAGUUCGCGUUGGUGCGAGCCAACUAGCUUACAUCUUACUUUAUUCUUGCUCUUGUUGUCUUUUUUUGCUUUGAUCUGUUUUCGUUUUCUUCUUUUUUCAACUAACAAAGCGAAUGUCAAACCAUAUCAUCCUAAUCACUGUACAGGGUGAGGAAAAAUUAUCCGUGUUCAAUGUUUUAGUCAUAACUUUAUUCUUUCAAUAUUAAACAACAAUAUAUUUAUACAAAAUGUAGAUACAUUAGCAUGGUUUGUAAUAUUUACAUCACGGACUCGAAAUGUCCACCCUUGGCUUCGAUCGUUUAGGGAAAUUAUCGACGUUGGACGAUAGUUCUUCCACAGAUAUGGCAUGGCAGGCUUUGGUUAGACUAGCUUUCAAAUGAUCCAAUGAUUUGUGUGGUUUAGUACAGAUUCUGGAUUCAAUAAUAGACCAGACGAAAUACCUAGUCCAUUGGAUUUAAAUCAAAAGAGUUUGAAGGCCAUUCAUCCUAAGUUAAAUAUCACGGAAAAAGUCUACUACAGAGUUCCAGUGUUUUUUUUUUUCGCUCCAUGCGAUGGAGCCCAAUCUUGUUGUAAUGUCUAUUUAGUUUUACCGAAAUGUACACGUGCCCAAGGUGCCACUGUGUCGGUUGAAAGCUUGGUAAACAAAUUGAUUGAUUUUUACACCCUUUUUAAUAAAUAUUAAGGGGGUUUUACCGGUAGCCGUAAUUCCCGCCCAAACUUUCACCGAAACCGGAUGAUGUGAUCGAGCUACGUUCAUACGCUUAGUAGAGGCUUUAGACCAAAGCUGACGGUCGCUUUGGUAAUUAUGAAAUUGCUCCACAGUGAAAAUUUUCUCAUCGGUGAAUAAAAUUGUGCGAUGGUGUCCAACGAUAAAUUUAUUCAACAGAAUCUUCGAUUUUCGGUACCGAUUUUCUUUCAUCCUGUAAUUAAGGUAAUGAUUUUCUGAAAAUUUGUAACAAAGUAAUCCUAAAUCCUUGUAAAGAAUAGUUCGUACAAUCUGUCGAGUCAAUUUUUAAUGAUUUUGCCAUUUUUCGAAUUGACCUUCUAGAAUCACGUUUAAUCCGGUGACGAAUAAUUAUCCGGUUCCCAGGGGUCCUAGCGGUUCUUUUUCUGUCUUUUUCUGAACGGUCCUCUAAAUUCCCCAGCUCAUUAUAUCGUUUUAUAACGUUUCUAACGGUUUGAAUAGGCAUUUUUGACCAUACUAGCGAUGCUUACUGGACGCAUUCCUUUUUUAUACAACUCGAUCACCGCACUGCGUAAUGAACUUGACUUCAUUAUGACACUUAAUGCACACUGUUUCAAAGGAGAUUUCGUGGUUUUGUUUACACAUAGCCAAGGUUAAAAAUUGCAUAGGUUAGCUCAAUUCAACAUCUGUCAAAUCUUAGUUAUACACUGAAACAAAAAACACGGAUAAUUAUUUCUCACCCUGUAGUGUGAACACCCGAAGUGAUAUCCGAUAUAAUCUGGCGAUAUCAGGUGAUAUGCGGCGUAGUUUGAACCUGAGGGGCAACAACUGGCUUCUUACUCUUCGUCAUCACUAACCUCGAUGACCCCUGUUGUAUUUUUCGAAUAUGAUGCCAUUCACACGGAAAAUACUACCCUAUCCACUACUUGCGCACUUCCGGAUCUUUUAGAAAUUGGUAUAAGUAAAGAUCCGAAUGGGAUCUUUAAAUAGGCCCACAUUUGAACGCUUUGUAAUUAAUUUUGAAUGUUCACUAGAAUAUUUUAGAUCAGAACAGGUGAAAUCAUAAAAAAACCCAAAUCAAUCCACCUAGCGGUCAGACCCAGCCUUUCUCAUUCAAACUAAUUAUUUGUAAAAAUAGAUUUACAUGAACGCUUCAAUCCAAUAAAUGUAUAUUCACUUCAGGGGUUCUAAAAAUGGAUGUUGUAAUCUAUACAUAUAAAAAUUCAGUCCGGUCUGUCUGUCUGACUGAUCCAUAUAGGCUCGAAAACUACCGAACCGAUCGGCGUGAAACUUUGUAUGUAGGGGUUUUUGGUGCCGAUAAAGGUUCCUAUGAUAGUUUGAGACCCCUCCCUCUUCUGGAAGGGAGGGGUCCCAUAUAAAUGAAACACAAAUUUCUGCCCAUCUCGGAAACUUAUCAACUAAAUGGAACAAAUUUUGGCAGGUAAAUGUUUUUAGUGGUAAAAAAUAUGUUCAUAAUGUUUUGACACCCCUCCUUCUUUUGGAAGGGAAGGAUGCCAUACAAAUGAAACACAAAUUUCUGCACAUCCUGAGAACUAACCAACUGAAUGGAACCAAAUUUGGCAGGUGAAUAUUUUUAGAGGUAACAAAUAUGUGCAUAAUGGUUUGACACCCCUCCCUUUUCUAUGAGGGAGAGGUACCAUACAAAUAAAACACAAUUUUCGCACAGCUCAAGAAACAAUCAAGAAAAUACAACCAAUUUGGUAUGAGAAUGUUUCGAGAGGUAACAAAUAUGUCCAUCUUCUGGACACAUAUUUCUGCACAAAUUUCUGCACAUGUCGCGAACUAAUUAACUAAAUGGAACCAUAUUUGGUGAUUGAAAGUUUUCAGUGGUAACAAAUAUGUUCCAUAAUUGACCUCAGGUAACAUUUUGGAUUGUAAGAUGGCAACAUACGGUUUCUGGAAAACAGCCGAAAAUGGCGGAUUUCCACCCAAUAUAAUAAUAUCCGGACCUAGAAUAAUACACAGGAGCUCAAAUCGACCACAGAUACAAUUUUGAAUUCUAAGAUGGCGACUUCCGGUUUCUGAAAAACAGCUGAAAAUGACCAAAUACCACCCAAUAUGAGUAUCUCCGGAGCCAGAAUGUUGCAAGAAGCUAAAAAUUGACUUCAGACACCAUUUUGAAUUCUAAGAUGGCAACUUCUGGUUUCUGGAAAACAGCCAAAAAUGGCCGAUUUCCGCCAAACAUGAGUAUCUACGGAACUUGAAUGAUACACAGUAGCUGAAUUCAAUACAAUAAAAUUUAAUAGGGUCUUAUGGGACAACAAGACCUUUCAUUUGCAAUUAAUUUCAUGAAAAUCGGUCCAGCCAUCUCUGAGAAAAGUGAGUGAGAAUAAAAAUCUGCACAUACACACACACAUACACACACACACAUACAGAAAAUGCUCAGCUCGUCGAGCUGAGUCGAGUGAUAUAUGCCAUUCAGCCCUUUGGAGCACUUUUAUAUCUUCGGUUUUGCAAGUGAUUGCUAUACCUUUCUAGGAGAAAGGCAAUAUAAAUCAAAACAUGCUGUUCAACAAAACUGCCAGAAUCAAAACAGUAAGCCUGAUGAUAAAUUUGAACGCACUCGGAGUUUUCAAUUCCAGCCAAUCAGUGAGCAGUUGUCUCUCCGUAGGUCUGAACAAGGCAUUGACGACUUGCGGUGUCAUUGCAGAUGGAAGCCGACCAGAUCUUUUAUGGUUCUCCAAAGAAGAUUCUCUUUAUACCUUUUGGUGGUUUCAUAAAGGAAAUCUCGCUCAACCUCACACGAUUUCAGAUGUUGAAUAUUGUGCAAGGCGGUCAGCAGUCAACUACAGGGUAUACAGCCCUAAGGGUUGAAUGAAUUGGUGGCGUAGGAAUAAACAAUGUAAAUAGAGCGCUUGUUAGUUACAAAGUUGCAGUGUCUCAAUGUGUCAAAUCUCAUUGCAAUAAUUUCAUGACGAUAAAAUUCAUAAAUAACACGAAACAUAUUGUCAGUUAAUUUCAAAACUGGCACUUAUCAAAUUUUACAGUUUUAUGUUGUUCAUGGUAAACUUGGUUAAUAAGUGGUAAAUUUUAUCCUACGAAGACCUGUUCCAAAGUUUGCAAAAACCUAGAUUUAUAAGUAUCGUAUCGAUUUUGCGUUGUACCAGUCUUGAAAUCAACCGACGAUAUAGUCAACUACAUACGUUGCUUACAUUGCGGAAUGGCUAUCACACUUUUUACAACGUGUUAAAUAGCAAACCAAAAUCAGAAUACCGAAGGAUGGCACAAAGCAAAAGAAAGGAAAACACACAGUGUAUUAGAGUCACUCCACGUUUCAUGUAAAGGUAGAGAAGACCCAAAACCGAGAUAUUCACUGUGUGAUGCUGUUCUUUAUUCGUUGCGUGCCGAUCUGAAGACGAGCGUCAAGCAUCGAGUGCGUGCUAGAUAAGGAGCCAGAAUUUUGGCUCCGCCCCCAGUGCAUCAGUAUUAAUAGCAUCGUCACAGCAGAUCAUUGAAUUAUCUAUUGCGUGUAACAAGCUAUGGGUGGAUCAUAUUUACGAAGGCUUAGAUGUGAGUUUUUCUGUCUAGAAAAAAGUUUUUGUGGGGAGGAUAUUAAAUCGCCUGAUUCUACUAAGAUGCGAGCCCAUGACCACCCGUUUGUCACAAAGGACUUUGUGACCUUGCGGCUACAAGGCUUCUCAUUUCUCGGUCCAAUGGCAAGCGGUGGAAUAUAGCUCGGAUAAUUUCGGAUGUACAUUUGUUCCUUGGAAUCAACCUUUUCCGCACAUCAAAACCUUGGAACUUAAAUAUGUUCCUGAGAGUAGACAACAGGCAAGUGAAUUUCAAUUAAUCACACACCCAGACUUGUCUUUUUCCCUCGGAGAAACACUACCGUGUAGUAGAAAAUACUACCGAUUAUCAUUUACUGCCAAAAUAACUACUCCCACACCGGUAUAGGCAAAGCGACGCCCUUGCUUGAAGAGAGCAGCGAACCGUGUGUAUCUGAGGAGCUCGCAAACAACACCGUGCUGGAAUCAGAAAUAUUUGUCCACGAAAGGACAAUUCGCUCAAUAACUACACAACAGAGCACACUGCCGUGAUUUUACUGUCUCUUAAGUAAAUAUCAAAUGAAGGGAAAACUUUAGUAGGUAAGUGUGCUUUGCAUCUCGAAACUGGAAAAGUUAAAUCCAGCCGCCCGUCACGCAUGUUUGCUCUUCGAAUUCUAUCGAAUUUAUCUCAACAGUGUACACCGCGGCGUACUUCUGUGUAUUCUCUCUAGAGUGAUUCACUACUCUUGUUUCGCGCAGCUGUGGUGUAAGCAGCAAGUGUGUCAGUUUCUCUGCGAGAAACAAAGACACAGCACAAGACAGAAAGAAAAGUGUAGUGCGAAAAAUUGCUCCACGCAGCUCUUAUGCUGGACAAGGAGUAAAAGGAGAAUAUUCACUCUGCUCUUAUCACAUGUUGAGGAGAAUUUUUUUUUUCCUGUUGGGUACAUUUUCCACUGCGACCAGAGAUUUGAUCUUUUGUGGCGGGCCCCUAUUUGAUGUAAGCCUUAUCAGGGUGUCGUACCACUAUUAGGUUGAAUGGUUUCCACUUGCUGAAUAUAGGCAUCGUCCCAAUAAGGUAUUAUUGAACGAAUAAAGUUCACUGCCUUAUUGGGAGAAGUCAUCCAGAUAUCUCAUGGUUGUAUUAAGUGUUUUGUUGAGGAGAAUACCAAGCAUGCACACACCGCGACACUAUAUCAGGCACAAGCACUUCAUACUCACAAAUAAUGCCAUUUAAGGACAAUCAACAACGAUUAUGAUUCGAAAAUUUACAAAAAUUAGGAGAAAAUUUAUGAUUUUUCAUGAUUUGAUUUAUGAGAAUAAUCUGAUAGCUGGCGAUUUACUUUACCUUGUUCUAAGAUACUAUGUACUCACUCGAUGUUUCGAUAAAAAUUUAAUUUGAAAAUAAAUAACGAUUGAAAAAAAAAACAAUUGAAUAUGAAGAGCAAAAACUUUGUUACUAGAAUGUUUUUAGCAGUAGCAAAAGCAGAAAAUUCAUACAAGAACGCGAAGUUUUUUAUAUAAGAAUGCGUAACUGAUUCUUAAUUGUAUUGAACGCAAUCUUGGUAAAAUUUGACCCUGGAAAGAUAGUCCUAUUCUGGCAUUAAAUUGAUGCAUAAAUUUUGUAAUAUUUCCGGAUAUUUUUAUUUUGAGUGAUUAUCAAGGUGAUAACACAUACAUAACAAAUACCAGAGAUCAGGUUUUGAAAACCCAGAAUGGAUUCGCACUAUUUGAAAAAGAAGACAAAUGUCUUAGCCCAAUAUAAUUUGGAAAGGUAUGAAGAUGGUAUGGAGAACUCCAAAACAUUGUGGAAUAUACAAUGUUCGGCAGAUUUUUUAACAACUUUUAAAACUGUACUUACCGUGUCAAAUAAAUGUUGUGCGAACGAAAAAAAACUUUUAAAAGUUCAGAGCUGAAAAUGCUUUCCUGCGCCAUCAAACAAUUCGUUUCAAAUGGCAUUGGCUCGUUGAUCAAGAUCCACGUCACAACCCAAAAGCACGUGUUUUUCCUCUUUUUGUCGCUACUAAUUCAAACAAAAGUCUUCUUUUUCCUCACCUGUAUGUACCUCUUUGGUUCGCACUUACACGAAUUCUCAUAUGCAAUAGUAAAUUUAUGUGUGAAAACAAAAGCAAAACUACUUCCCUCUUUCUUUUUUUGCAGGCAAACACUAGCAGAGUUGUCUAGGUUAAUUGACACAGACUAUCUAUCUGGGGUUAAACACACAAUUUUUAUUAUUCAGUUUUCCUGUUUAGAAAAAUAAGUUUAACUAUGUUUGUAGUAUUUUGCUAUAAUAGGGUAUUAAAGCCCUAUCUUAUUUUUUAUCUCAAUUGAUAAAGCGUGGCUCAUAAAUACAAUUUUAUGUUUAGUAAAGCGGGCAAUGUAUGUAGUUUCGCGGGAAUGCGAAGAUGAACGGGAAUAGAAGGUGUGACUAGAAUUAGAAAAAAUUUUCCCUCGUCCAGACCGUCCCGUCUGGACGAGGGAAAUUUUUUUCUAAUUCUAGUCACACCUUCUAUUCUCGUUCAUCUUCGCAUUCCCGCCAAACUACAUACAUUGCCCGCUUUACUAAACUUAAUAUGUAAGUCAAUAUGACGAAAAAUGAAAUUAGUUCGUAAAGUACAAUUUUAUGUUUUGAAGUGUUAUUUUGCGAAAAACAAAUCAUUUUAUGAUUUUUUAAAUACUCCAAAAAAUCAACGCAGUUUCACGGCAACAUUACAUAGUGAAACUAUGAUAUUGUUUAAAGGCAAACCAAGACAACGCCAAUAAUUUGUUUUUGUUUUCGUAGACGGAAUUAUUUAGCUGAACGACAAAAUCGAGUCCAAUUUAAAAUUUUAUGAUGCGAAUUAUUGUACCAGUAGAAAUUGUCAAGUCUUUUUGUAACAUAAAUUUCGCCCAAUCAAAGCUGAUCUGCACGCAUGCAUGCGAUUCAUGAAUGCUUCUCCUAGCCCGAGGGACAUAAUUGCAUUCGUAUAUUCGUAUAUCAUACGGAUAACUUGAAAAAAAGGCUAAUUCUAAGUGAUUUUUAUUUAUAUUUUUUUUCACUGGUUAAUACUUGGAGAGAUACACUAACUCUUAUACCAAAAGUUUAUUACAUAAGUUCACAUCAAUGGACAACGUAAUUCUAAUUCCCUCACAAAAAAAAUACCAAAAGUUCGAGGAAAACUUUACGUGUUAAUGACAUUUGAGUACAAGAUCUUUUUGGUGAAAGCAGCGUAACACACAUUACCAUCCUGUUCUCAGCUAUCGAAGCAAUCUGGUAUUUGGUUAAUUGCUGCGAAACUGAACCAGAAAUGAUUGAAUUUCUUCUUAAAUUUUCAUUAAUUUACUAUUGUCAACUAUUGUGAAAAUUUGAGGUAACCUUCUCCUUUCGACCAAGAAAUUAUCGUUAAAAAUCCGUUCUGUGGUGAUAACAUAAUAUGGGUCAUUCCAUACAAAGUGGCCACGAAAAAGCACAAACUUGGACACGACCAUCACAGAUUUUGCUCAAAGUUGGGAGAAUUAUUCUUCUACUGUCUACAAAUUUGUUGUCGAUUGCAAUCUGUGGGACCCCCCUGUUUAUUGCAAAGUCACGCAUUUUUUGUUCAAAAUCCUUUUUUUCUUUUUCUCACAAUUCAUAGACGUAAGAUGUCCGGAAAAUACUGAUAGAUGAUUUUUGAAGAAAAUAAACCAAGGAAUCCAGAAAAAAUAUGAGUUCUGACCGGAAGUGUUGCCAGAUAAAUUAUUUUUGUAUUUGAAAACUAAAUUUAAAUUUUUCGGCAAAUGCAAAAAUUUGAUUUCAAAUUUGAUAAUUUCAUCGUGUUCCUUGGAAAAUUUCACAUAAGAAACAACUAUCAUCCCAAGAUAAUAUGAGCCAAUCUUGAGAUAUAUCAUUUUUACGAAAAAAGUUGCAAACUUGGUAAUUAAUUUUUUUCACAAUUUAUAGACGUAAGAUACCCAGAUAGAUAGACUUAGAAUUUAUAGACGUAAGAUGCCAGAUAGAUUAUUUUUGUAUUUUCAAAAUAUAUUUGCAGUUUUCGGCAAAUGCAGCUAAUUGUAUUUUAAAUUUGAUGGUUUCAUCGUAUUUCACGGAAAAUUUAACGUAAGAAACACUUAUUAUCCCGUGGUUAUAUAAGACAAUCUCGAGAGAUAGCAUUUUUACGAAAAUAGUUCUGAAUUUCGUAAUUAAUUUUGCGUAAAAAUGUUAUAUCUCAAGAUUGGCUCAUAAUACCACGGAGUGGUGAGUGCUUUUUACGUAAAAUUUUCCGAAAAACAUGAUGAAACCAUCAAAUUUAAAAUAAAAUUAUCUGCAUUUGCCGAAAAAUGCAAAUUUAAUUUUAAAAUACAAAAACAAUCUAUCUGGCAACACUUCCGGGCAAAAACAAUAUUUUUUCUAGAUUCCUUGGUUUAUUUUCUUCAAAAUUCACCUAUCACUUUUUUCUUCGGGUGUCUUACGUCAAUAAAUUAUAAAAUAAAAUAUUUACGAAGUUUACAACUUUUUUCGUAAAAAUGUAAUAUCUCGAGAUUGACUCAUAUUACCUCGGGAUGAUAGUUGUUUCUUAUGUGAAAUUUUCCAAGGAACACGAUGAAAUUAUCAAAUUUAAAAUAAAAAUGGCUGCAUUUGCCGAUAAAUGUAAAUUUAGUUUUCAAAUACAAAAAUAAUUUAUCUGCAACACUUCCGGUCAUUAGAUUCGAGUACUUCGGGUAAAACUAAGUAAACAAAAUAUUUUAUUUGGCAAAAUAAAAUAUAAUCAAUUCUAAAUCACGGCUGCAAGAAAUGCCUAGAAAUAUUUACCCAGUCACUGUGACUCUACCCCCGCAUGAAAUAUCGAAUGAGCGCAAUGAAACACUCCUAAAAGCAAUCAGAGUUAUAGUUUAGUUCAAACUUUUCCUAAUCUCUCAUCCCUGUGGCAUAUAAUCACAACACAAGAACUUUCAAAAAACUACCUGCUCGAUCAACAUUUGAGAUUAACUAAAUUAUCCUAAUGCUUUUAGAAACGAAAUUACUCAAAUUAUAGUGACUCAGUGCUCUUAAGAAGCGAUACGACUUUCCAUAGAAAACCCUGUUGCCUUCGUUUACUUUGCGGUCCAAAAGUUCCACUCAGCGUGUAAAGCCUACAGAGCGAAGGACAAGCCGAAGCGCUUGCACUGCCGAGCAGUGCAGCUGAAGGCAGAGAGCAGAAAUUACGGAACGCAAUAUGAAAUCAUAAAAUAAAUAAUGAGCGGACGAACGAACCAGAGAGAAAACCGAAAUCGAUUGCAUAAUUAUUACCAAAUUAUGUCCGCUGCAUCCCGAAACCCGUAGCCCGGGCUCGAAAUGUGGUCCAGACCGAGGAGGACAACCCGUCUUCUGCCCCUAAGGCACGGCCAUUACAAUCGAGCACGGGGACGAGAGACGUUCGAGGGGUAGCAGAAUGUAAUCAUAAUUAUUAAACUUUUAUUUAAUUGCAUAAUUGUAUAGCAGUCGAGCUCUUCCUGUAGUGGAUAAGAUUCAGACCGAACGAAAACGAAACGAGUUCCGUAUAUCUAAAACUAAACACAGAGUGAAACUAUAUAAAUAAACGAAUAAGAGUAGCUUCAUGAUGUUAUUUUACUAAACUGUAAAUUGUAAAAAGACUGAAACUCUAAUAAAAAAAACAUCAUUCAACUAGGCUUAUUACAAACUUAA